AUAAUUCUGUAUUUUGCUUAACAUCAUUUUUUAAUGGGGCAUAUAAUCAAGGUUAAAUCUCCCUUAAAAUGUAAACCAUUAAAUAUAAUAUACAUGUAUAAUAUUUCAUGAUUUACAUUUUUUUUUACUGUCACUGUUUCAAUCUAUUUAGAUUGUUAAUUAUCAUAAGCCUAAUGUUAGGGGACAUCAUAAUUCCAGUCAGAUUAUAAUCUUACUAUGCUAAUAUCAUCAAAGGCCAAAAUGAGGUAGUCUAUGGUACCCAAUAAUAAAGUAAAGCAUAGUCUGGAUAAUCUAAACUCAGGUGCAAAUUAAAUAUAAGAUGUAACAUAGGAGAUGAGACAAUAUUAAAAUAUAAGAUUUAACACAAUAUAUCUUUUCAGAACAUGGUUGUGAUAAGGAGAUGUUUUCUACGGAUUAUGAGGCUACGGAAUCUGCUUACUGUAACAGUGAUGAUUAUAAUGCUAUAUAUGCUCAAGAGACUUAGUAAUACGCAAGUUACAGUUUUGCCAGAAGCUUCUCAUUUUCAAGAUACUCAAAUUGAUAUGAAAUUCCAUAACCAUGAAAAUAAAUUAACACACUUUGUACCUAUUAGUUUAAAGAAAAAAGAUUGGCAUAACUAUAGUCAGAUAGAACAUGAACGGAAGCGUGUGGGACCUGGUGAACAAGGUAAGCCUGCAAGCUUGCCAAAAACAGAUGGAGCUCUAGAAGAGAAACUUUAUUCUGUAAAUGGAUUCAAUGGAGCCUUAAGUGAUAAAAUACCUCUGAACCGGUCGCUACCAGAUAUAAGACAUCCAGGAUGCAGGAAAAAGAAGUACAUAGAAUCUCUACCUACUGUGAGCGUUGUUGUUCCAUUCCAUAAUGAACAUUGGACUACAUUACUUAGAACUGCUUUUAGUGUACUAUAUAGAUCACCAGAGCAUUUAAUUAAAGAGAUAUUUCUAGUUGAUGAUGCUAGUACCAAAGAAUUCCUCAAAAAGGAUCUUGAUGAUUAUCUGUCAAAGCACAUGCCAAAGGUGAAAGUAGUACGAGUUGCUAACCGCAGUGGGCUCAUAACGGCGCGACUCGCGGGUGCAAAGCUCGCUACUUCGGAUGUAUUAGUGUUCCUUGACUCACACACGGAGGCCAAUGUCAACUGGCUGCCUCCACUGCUAGAACCGAUUGCAUUGGAUUAUCGCACAGUGGUGUGUCCGUUCAUCGACGUAAUUGCGUACGACACGUUUGAAUACCGCGCUCAGGACGAAGGAGCUCGAGGCGCUUUCGACUGGGAACUGUUCUACAAGAGACUGCCAGUGCUGCCUAAAGAUGAAGCCAACAUGCCAGAACCAUUCGAGAGUCCGGUGAUGGCGGGUGGUUUGUUCGCGAUAUCUACCGCUUUCUUCUGGGAGCUGGGUGGUUACGAUCCCGGUUUGGACAUUUGGGGAGGCGAGCAGUACGAGCUUAGUUUCAAGAUUUGGCAAUGCGGCGGACGUAUGUUAGACGCUCCGUGUUCACGCGUAGGUCACAUAUACAGGAAGUUUGCGCCGUUUCCUAAUCCCGGACACGGGGAUUUUGUGGGCAAGAACUAUCGCCGCGUAGCCGAAGUAUGGAUGGACGAAUACGCCGAGUAUUUGUACAAGAGAAGACCUGCUUACAGGAAUAUAGAUCCUGGUGAUCUGACCGUCCAGCGCGAUCUUCGAGCUCGAUUACAUUGGAAAAUAUAAAUCACGAAAAUUCGUAACACAUAUUAAAGGUGACUAUAAACGUUUUCCAGCGCCUGACCUCCGUACUGGGUAUUGAGUGAUACACUAGUACUUCAACAUGCAGAA